UCCCUUCUGCGGCGGCUGUAGUCAACACAACCUCCACCUUCGCCCAGCCUCGUCCUCCUCCAACACAGUAACAACCCACCUGCUCAAGGGUCAAGCACUCCUUCUCCUUCCCAUGGAGGUUGUAGAGCGCGGCCGUGACAGCGCUCGUGCAUGAGGCGACCCUGUCGGCGACGGCCGUGGAUCGAGGCCACAUGAGGUCAAGGCUGCACUGGGGCGUCGACUGAGCCGGCGGCGGCGCCAACAACAUCGAGCGUGGCCACAAUUUCUAUGAUAUAGUCUUGUUCUACCUAUUUUCAAUAGGAUUGACAAAUUUCGGCCAUUUUUCGUACCAAAUUUCAAAUUUUGGUUUACUCUUUUCGUCCGGAAUUCUCCUAAAAAUUCCCGAGAUGACGAAUUUAGCCCAUUUCACUAAGGUCCGGUAAAAAAAAUCCAAAAUCUUGGCUAGGAGCAGGCGAGCAACUUAUUCUCUGCCUAAGAGACUUUUUCAUCUUUUCUUAAUUUCUUUUUUUUAUUAUUUCUCCACUGCGCGUCGGCUCAGUCGCUUGCGCUUCCUCGUCUUCUCCGCCCGCGCCGCCGCGGGCACCAGCCUCCUCUCCCGCCGGUGGCGCGGCCUCUGGACCCGGCUCCCCAACCUCACCCUCAGCCUCCACGACCUCCCGUUCGGCUCGAUCCAGGCCGCGCUCCACCGCGCCGCUCGUCCCGGCGUGGACAUCUACCACCUCAACAUCCGCGUCGCCGGCCAGGCCGGCAUGAUCGGCUCCGGGAGCUUCUCCUCGCUGCUCCUGAAUGCUGCAAGUCUCUCGCCGGUGGAGCUGCGCCUCGCUCUCCCGCGGAACCUGCAAGUCUCCUGCAUGGACGUGACACUGCCCAGCUUCCACCGCGCCACCUCCAUGGAUCUGCGCGCGCGGGACCUCCACUUGACCGUCUUCGCAAAGCCACAUGCGGUGAGCAAUAGCUGCUAUGUCCCCUUCCGCUCGCUGGAGAGGCUCUCCCUCUCGGGAUGCCACAUCGAUCUGGCCACCUUCAUCCCGUACUGCCCUCGCCUGCGCGUGCUCCAGGUGAACACCACCGGUCUGAUAGACAUGAGCAACAUUACGGUCCACUCCGCGUCGCUGGAGGAGCUCGUCGUGGAGCACGGCAACCGAUGGACCCGCCGUACCCAUGUCAGCGUCGACUCCCCUGUGCUUAAGCAAUUGACAGCGUCCUUCCAUGCCUGCGGCAACAUCGGGGUGUCCAUCUUGGCACCAAUGGUGGACAAGGUCUGUUGGCGGUGCUCGUAUGCCAAGCCGAUUUGCGGCCUUGGUCUUUGGGGCCUCUCAGAGGUGCAGCUCCCUAGCGUGCAUGUCCUGUCCCUACACCUAUCUCCUGUCCAGGAUUCAGUUAUCUUUCCAAAUGCAGAGCUCAGCUUCGGGGCAGAGAUCGAUAAACAUAUGGUUACCAACUUCUCUGGUCUGGACCUGCAUCUCAGCACCAAGGGCCAUGUGUUUGGAGCUUUUGUGCUUCAUCUCCUUGGGAUGCAUCGUAUUCGUACAGCUUUACGGAACCUUAAGAUUGUCCUGCUAAGAUCAGAGGUGAAAGAUGCAUGCCCAGUAAAUUGUUUCUGUGAUGAGCCAAAGAACUGGAGAACAGAAACUAUCACCUUGGCUGAUCUUGAAAACAUGGAAAUUGAAGGCCUCGGCGGGGAAGAUCACGAGUUUGACUUCUUGGAAGUGAUAUUUAGAUGUGCUCCAAUGCUUAAAACAGUGACUGUAAGGUUGUCAGAUGGUGUCACUCCAAGUGUCGAUUGGUGCACAAAAGUAAACAACAUCUUCAUGGCAUAUCCUUCCGUCGAAUGCAAUGCUGAUCUAGUAAGCAGGGCCAAAGCUGUGUGUUGACAUGAUUAUCUGCGGAUUAAGGGUGCUCAUUAACAAGAUCGUCCUCUCCCACGCCGACCAACUACUAUCUGCUUUCAGGAUCUUGCUUAAUGGCUUCAAUCUAUGCUACCUCCAGUUGUUUUGCCACUGUAGUGGAGCUACAGGCUCGAAGUGUGGUGCAGUCUCUGAUGUAAUUCCUAGCAUGGUUUCUAUUGCCUUCAAAUGUGGUACUGAGUACUGACUCCUUUUGGUCGGCUGGUCUGAAUAUUAGAUUUUUAAGUAUCUCAAGUUCUCAACCAAUGUUGUCCAAGUGAUGCCAUGUUAAAUACUUACGCCAAUGGCUUACAUUGAAGAGCAGUGGCACGAGGCUUCUCUUGCCGGUCAAAACUAAGAUGGACCUAAUA